UCAGAAAUGGGUAUUAUCUUUAUUUUUAAAAAAAGUGAAAACUUUUAUUUUGUUGUGGAACAGUGACUAACAGCCCUACAUGGCAAACAGGCUGAAAUGUUAUAGAAAGGAGAACAACAGGGAAUCUUUAUUCUGUUUUCUCUUCACAUGCAUGUACUGGUGAAUCAUAUGUGACAGUAAACUGUGGAGUCAUUUGUAAUGAAUGCAUUACGAUUCUGUGCAAGCCAUGGUGGUGUAUGUACUGACAGUAAAUGGAAACCACUCUUACACCAACAGGAAAAAAGCAGUAGCAAGCCCAGCUGUUGCCAUGUGCACCUUUUAUCUUUAUCCUGUACGUGUUUACACAGUGUCUUACAUGAGCGCACCUACGAUGCAAAGCAUGCAGACGGAAAGACUAACAAAUGUCAGCACAGUGCUUUGGUGAUGAUGAGGAUGAUGUCAAAACAGCACUGGAUACUAAGAACCUGGCUGUUUUUAUACCUUCUAGUGCAGAAAGUAUACUGUUUUCUUCCUGCUCCUCAAAACGUGACCGUUAUCUCCUUUAAUCUGGAGCACAAGCUCACGUGGAGACUGGGCCCUGGGAGCCCCCCCUUUGUACACUUCCGUGUGCAGGUCUAUCGUAACAAGAGGAAACUCUGGGUACCAGUUUCAAACUGCUCAGAUUUGCAGAUGGGCGAACCAUGUGACUUAACUACUUCUUUCAAGAAUGUAUACGGUUAUCACCUGGCCCAAGUGCAAUCUUUUACCACAGACCAUGAAUCGAACUGGACCAGUUCAAAAUUCUUCCAUCCCCUGCUGGAAACAACAGUGGGUCCUCCAGUAGUGUCACUGACAGGCUGUGGAAACUGCCUUCUCCUGCAGCUCAGUCCUCCAACCAGCAGGGGUCUCCACCAUGGCUUGGUGGAAUACUUCUUUAGGGAGUAUACUGUCAAUGUGUCCAGAACUAGAGACAAAGCACAGUUUACAAUAAGGGCUUCCUCUGGAGAGACUCUGAUCAAUUAUCUUGAGACGGGGGCACAGUAUUGCAUCACUGCUCUUCCGCUGCCAAACAUAAACAUGAAGGCACUCCCUUCUGGCCCUCACUGUGCCUUCACCAGCCAGGAGUCUGUUGGCACAGAACAACUCCCCCCACCUAAGAAUGUGACACUAAAAUCGUACAACAUGGGCUUGGUUUUGGAAUGGGAUCCACCACAGAACUCUACAGGGAGAAACUUCAAGUACUCAGCAGAGUACAAAGGGUGGUCCAAUUUUGAGGCUGAAUGUAAUGGCACCUCAUCAUUAAGCUGUGAUUUCACCAAUAGCAUCACAUCCUUUGGAACUUACACGUUCCGUGUGCGGACAGAACUGGAGGAAAGGAGUUCUGUAUGGGUGAUGACUGAGGAAGUAGCUUUGGAUAAAAUAACUGCUAUAGGCCCUCCAUACGUGAGGCUCCUAAGCAGGAAAGGGGAAAUCGAGGUUGAUAUCACGGAUCCUGUCUUAAGAAAAAGUGAUCUUAGUAAUAUUUAUUCAAAGGUUUCCUAUGUCAUCCAUUAUUGGAUUGAAGGGAAAUUGAAAAAGGAAGAGCUGCGAGGAGAGCAGAGAAAGGUGAUGCUUCAGAAUCUCACACCGAAAGUCUGCUAUUGUGUGCAAGUGCAGAUACUUUUGGAUGACAAUAAAACUAGCUGGCCAAGCAAUGUGACCUGUGAAAUCAACACUAACAGUGAUGAGAUUAAACCAUGGCUGAUAGCAGUGGUACUGGUAGUCAGUUCCAUCGUCACUAUGGUUUCUGCCAUCCUGAUCUUCCUUGUUGUGAUGUGUGUCUACAAAGUGAUUAGAUAUCUUCACCCUCAACCCACAUUGCCUGAAGACUUUAAACAGUACUUCUCAGAGAUGCCUCAGUCCUCCAUAUUUCUGGCCAUGCAAAACAGUCAUCAGCCUGAGGAGCUCUACUAUGAGGUGAGCAUUGUUGCAGAUCAGGAAGUCCCCACUUCACAACUGGACCUCCAAGACACAGAAUGCUUAAAGUUGAACACCUGAAGGAGUGCAUCUCCUCAAAAGUCCAGGAGAGAUUUGGACUGGAGGAGAACAGGUGUGAUGGGGAUACCGAACAGUACACAAAGGGAUACAUCCUAAUCAGUUGUGGAUGGGGAGAUGGACAAACCUUUUCAGUAACGAGUUAGAUAUAUACUUGAGAAAUACUUUCCUUAAAUAAAACACAUGUUGUAAAUAAGAAUUAUAUAAUGUGUAUUUUUAUCGAGGGUUGAAAUUUAUGUGGACUUUUUCAUGCUAUUUUCAACUUUAUAUUUUAAAAAUAAAUUGAUAUAUUGAAUUAUUUUUAUUUGGAAAAAUGUAUAUUUUUAUAUGAUGUCAACUGACUUCAAUAUUUAAUGACUUCAUCUGUCCUAGAAUAUUUUUUUUGUUA